AUGCAUGGAGAUAACCAGAGUGAGGCCUCAGAGUUCCUACUCCUGGGGAUCUCAGAGAGUCCUAAAGAGCAGUGGAUCCUGUUCUGGAUGUUCCUGUCCAUGUACCUUAUCACAGUGGUGGGAAAUGUGCUCAUCAUCCUGGCCAUUGGCUCUGACUCUCACCUGCACACUCCCAUGUAUUUAUUCUUAGCCAACCUCUCCUUCACAGACUUCUUCUUUGUCACCAAUACAAUUCCCAAGACAUUAGUAAACCUUCAGUCUCAGAACAAAGCCAUCUCCUAUGCAGGGUGUCUAACACAGCUCUUCUUCUUGGUCUGCUUGGUGACACUGGACAACUUCAUCCUGGCCACAAUGGCAUAUGAUCGCUAUGUGGCCAUCUGCCGCCCCCUUCACUAUGUCACAGCCAUUAGUCCUGGACUCUGUAUUUUGCUCCUCACCUCGUGUUGGACACUUUCUGUCCUCUAUGGCCUCUUCCUCACCCUCUUCAUGACCAAGGUAACAUUCUGUGGGUCCCAGAAGAUCCGCUACAUCUUCUGUGAGAUGUAUGUCUUGCUGAGGCUCGCAUGCUCCAACACCCAGAUCAUUCACACAGUGCACAUUACCACAGGCUGUUUCAUUUUCUUCACACCCCUAGGGAUCAUGAUCAUGUCCUAUGCCUGGAUUGUCACCAUCCUCCGAAUACCCUCAGCCUCUAGCAAGUAUAAAGCUUUCUCCACCUGUGCUUCCCAUUUGGCUGUGGUCUCCCUCUUCUAUGGGACACUUGGUAUGGUAUAUCUGCAGCCCCUUCAAACUUACUUCUUGAAGGACUCAGUAGCCACAGUGAUGUAUGCUGUGGUGACCCCCAUGAUGAACCCUUUCAUCUACAGCUUGAGGAACAAGGACAUGCAUGGGGCUCUGGGAAGACUGUUCCUAGGGAAAGCUUUCCAGAAGUUGACAUGA